CUCUAUGCCGUAGUUGACAGCGCCACGACAUCAAAAAAAUUUGACAGUUACGACAAAUGACAGUUUACCAAACAAAAUUUAUGUUGUUCCCGCGUUUUGUUCGGCACUUUAAACAAUUUAUGCUUAACUUAAAUGCCGAAAUACCCUCAGCAUCUCCAAAUUUUAACCGUUUAUCACGACCGAUCAAUAUUUCCAACAUAAAAUGAACCAAACGGCAAGAUUACAGUUCUACAAUGAUGUCCGUGCAAAAAUGGAGAAGUGCAUCGCUUCAAAGCAGACCUUGGAAACACCAUCAAUAAUAAAAUGCUUACAAUUAAUUAAAGAUGACAUCAGGGACAGUAACCAAGCAACAAAAUCGGCCGCUGUCGACAUGCUGGUGUUCCUCAUGGGCGUGAAAACUGCCGAGGUCCAAACCGAGAUCAUGAAGUUUAUCCAGGAAAGUCCUGAUGAUGAAGUACUUCAAAGUUUUGUGAACUCCUUGGAGACAGUGGUGUUGAAUACCAUAGUAGGAGGUCAUAACUUCAUCGAGACACUGCAAGCUGCGAUGCCGUACAAGGAAAAGAUUCCUGCAGUAGUAGAGAAAAUCUGCAAGACGAACAUCCCCCCUGAAAAAUGCAAGGAGCUAUUCUUGCAUACCAUCAUACCAUCCAUGAUGACAGAAAACACCAUAGAUGCAGAUUUUAGAACUGUUCUUGUUGAAACAGCAUUCAGAUUUACCACCAUAAUGCCUAUAACCAACUUAACAACAGAUGAGGUUGAUACUUUCUUGAAGAAUCUCAGUUCUAAGUAUGUAGUGGUGAUAACGAAUCUGCGAGACAAUGAAUAUUCCAACUGGCACAAACUGUGGAUGUUUUUGGUUCGAUUCUGUGGCAAAAAGCUACACAACUCGAUGGAUCUGACAAAUAAGUUGCUCAGAGUGGUGGAGUUCGCUUUCAGGAAUGUCAAUUAUAUGCAGAGAUUGAGGGGGUAUGACUGUUGGAAGGAGUUGAUAGACAACGCAAGUUUGGACAAAUCCUACAUUACCAGCAACAAACAAAUGAAACUCCUGAUUACACCGCUGAAAGCAAAAUUUUCUAAACAGGAUGUCGUUAUUUGUAAACGUUUCGUCGUUUUUUGUUACUUAUUGGACAAACUUCAAGAAAAAGCUGUGGUGUGUCUUAAAGAAUUCUUGGAGUUUUGCUUUGGACCUGUGUUAAUGCCUGCUGACUCCUCAAAAGUCGGACCUGUCAAAAGUGUUUCUUCACUGUGGUUGAAAAGUGCCAGGGCCUUGAUUGACAUUCUAGGCCAUUAUCACAGCAAAGAAGACUGUAUUUCUAUAGAGCCAGUGAUUCACCUGCCAAAGCCACCUGUUAAUAGUGCAAAUUUCCCAAAUUUUUGUAAUAUUAUUUUGAACUCUGUACUCGAAUGUUGUAUCCUCCUUAAAGGCAUUGAAGAUGCUGGUGAAAGAGAAAAGGUUAUAAAAUGUAUGUGGGGUACAGUUUUCUAUUUGGCAGCUAUGAGUGACGACAAAAACUGUUUCGAAUACAUAUCGCAAAUUUUAGAAAGUAUUGUUAAGAGAUCAAAUGACGACGUUUAUUUCCAAAAAAUACUCGUGUUGAUAUCAAGCGCAUUUGCGACUGAAAGUAAAACUUCUACAAAACUGAUGGAGAAAUUCGUGCAACCUAUGUGGAAAGUAUUAUUCAAUGCAGAAAACAUACCUUCAAAUAUAUCCGAUACUUUCAAGCACUGUAUCACUAUAAUAUUUACGAAUACUACUACAGUGGAAGAGAAGAUCAAAAUAGUAAAAGAUGUGAUGAGAGAAAUAGUGACAGUCCAAAUAAGUGAUAAAAAUGUGCAUACUGUAAAUAAAAUUUGGAUAUGUGUUGCUAAAGAAAUCACGGACGACUGUAAUGUCGAUAAAAUGAAGGAGUUCGACGAUUUCAAUCACUUCUUUUUAUGGCCCGCGUAUUGUAUACAUUAUUUAGAAGAAUCUGAGAAGAGGCAAACAUUAUUAUUGUGGAUGAAACUUUAUAAAAAAGUGACUCAGGACUUGGGCAACAAGAAAGUCGAAAUUUUCAAAGAUCUCGAGAAGAUUUUUAAAAAUAAUCCUCUACUUGCUAGCAACGUGACUUCAUUGGUCAACAUUAUGUCUCAGGUUGACACAAAGCAUUCAAAUGUCUUUGUUUGUAAGUUAUUGGACCUAGUAUCGCAAAUGCUGGAGUUGCCGAAUCUAAAAAACGAAGACGAAGUUAAACUAAUUUCUUUGAUGCUGCAUUACUUGAACCCGAAUUCGGAAAGUUACGCUGAUCAAUCUGGCUGCAAUGAAGUCACCACAAAAAUGUGCAGUUGUAUCAAACAAGCGUUGUGUCUGCACCAAGCAUAUAAAAUCCUAGAGCCUCUCGGAAAACUGCUCAAAAAUGUAUCACAAAACGUCAAAGCUCAAUUUUCGAAAAAUCUAAACGAGCUAUUCGCCGAUUUGUACAAAAAACAGAGCGACACAACGUGCUACGCUGCAAAGGAACUGCUGAAAGUGAUGGUGAUAUUUGAAGUAGGCGAAGAAAAAGAAAAGAAGGUGUUUGUUGUGCCGUCGGGCAGAUCGGCGAGAAUUGCAAAUCUUGCGAAAAAUUCACCAAAGUCGCCACGCAAAAGUAACAAAGCGUCUCCCGUCAGUUUGAAGUUGUUCGGUAAAGAUAUUGAUACUUUAUCUCCGUUAAAAGUAAAAGGAAGUCAGUUGAACAACUCUACUCCCCCGAGAACGAAAAAAGCAGCUAAUGUUAUCGCCUCCAAAGUAAGAACGCCGUCGAGUCUUGACGAAGAAAGUGCCUCAAAAUUCGUAACCAUAGAAUCCGAAGUGAAAUUCCAGCCUUCAAAACUGAGCGAACACCAAAAAGAAGUUUUGAAAAGACGGAGAGACGAUAUACCAGCGCUGUAUCAAGAUCUGAGUCAGAGUCAAAGUCAGGAUUUCAGUUCUUCAAAGUCGAAUUCCAACGACGCUUUGCAAGAAAUUAAAGAAAGAAGAUCGUCUAGAGACGUGAUUGACGUGAUCGAGGAGCUGAACGAGUUUGUUCAAGUUAGGACUUCUUUUGAGGAAGACAAGAAGCAAAUUGAGGAGGCUAAAGAUACUCAAAAAUCUGAAGAUCUAUUCGGAGAAACUCAGGGAACCAUACAGGUAUCAAAAGGAAAAGUGGAAGAAAAAUCAGUGCUAUCAGAAAGCUUGUUCAGUGAAGAAAUCAAAGAAGAAAAUGAAAGCAAAACUUCUCAAAUGACGGCGCUGCAAAUAGAACAAACUCCGAGAACAAAAUCCGAAACUUCUUCCGCCAAAGUAGAAGAGACUGAAACCAAAGAAUCUGAAACGCCAUUAAAAACAGAAGAAACUUCAAGUAAAGCGUCUGAAGUUCCUGCUCCGAUAAUAGAAGACACUUCAAGCAAACCAUCUGAACCUCCCUCAAAAAUAGGAGAUACCGAAGCUAAACCUUCUGAAAUGACAACUGAAGAUACUUCCAGUAAAGCUUCUGAGUCGACUGAAAGCAAAGCUAAAGCAGAAACUGCGGAGGAAAAGAAGAAAAAGAAGAUUGCUGCGGAAUUGGCGAAAUUGCAGAUGAACAUUGUUGGAGCAGACGAAUAUUUCGCAUCUCCUAGAAAAAGAAGAGCAAAGCUUAAGAAAAAAGAUGAGGAAGAAAAGGUUGACAAAAAGCGAGGUAGAAAAUCUCUCGGUGCUCAACCUAACGAAAAAACUGCAGAGAACACAAGAAGGAAGACCAUAGAAUCUACAUCCUCAUCAAGUGAAAAUGAUACACCAAAAAAAACAGAGGAUAAAAUUGAAAAGCGUUUGCCUGCGGAUGAGAAAGUAGUCGUACCAAUUGAGAAAAGUUCUACUGCAGAUAAACAAAUUAUACCGGAUUCAAACGUCGCAGAACCUGAAAAAAAUUCUAAACGUGACUCUAACAUUGCUUCUUCAACGACACCUGAAUCAAAAUGUUCAAAACCUAGAAAGAGCAUGGAAAGUCCCUCUAGUGAAGAACAAACGGUGCCUAAUAAAACUGAUCAAAAACCGGCAAGAUCCCCUAGGAAAAAAUCUAAAACACCCGAUAUAGAGCUUAGCAAUGUAGCUGAACAAACUGGAUCUGAAAAAUUAGGAAUAUCGCCUAAAAAGGAGACAAAAUCGGAAUCUGAAAGUGUUGAAUCUGACACAAGAUUGAAUAAGCGCGCAAGGCCAAGGAGGAAAACUAUCGAAACGCCAGAGAAACAAAAAAUCGUACCUGUUUCCAGCGAAUCUGAUAAGAAAGAUGACGAAUCUAAUACGAAAAUGGCUCACAAACGAGACCUGUCAAGACAGUUAGUAAACAUAGGCAAUCAGGCGGAGUCUAUUAACAGUAUUAUAAAAGAUCUGAAACCUUCAAAGGAAAAUGUCGCGAUUAUAGAAGAAGGCGUUUUGAAUUCUGCUGAUACUGGGAAAGAAGCGAUGAUGGAUACUCCAAGAAAAAGAGUAACAAGGAUAGCCAACGAACACAGUUACGUGGUGAAAAAGGUUGUGGUCGAACACAUAUCAGACUUAGUAGAGGAUGUUGCGAAAACACCGAAAAAUUCCGCUGAAGUUGAAUCUGAACAAGUCGUGUCCGUCUCUCCUAAACAGGAAGUCGCUAAUGUUGGUGAACAAUCGAAGGAAAAUGCUGAAGUGAUCUCGAAUUCGAAUGAAUCUGACUGCGACGCGAAAGUAAAGAGGAAAAAGAAACAUGGCGAGGGCGAGGACGAGCAAGACGAAGGAAAAUCGUCGAAAAAGAAGCAUAAGAAAAAGCAUUCGGAUCACGAUUCUUCGGAGGAUUGUGAAUAUGCCGGCAGCAAAUCUCCGAAGAAGAAAUCGAAAAAGAAACAUGCGGAAAGCCCGGAAAAAAUCGAGGCUGGCAAAGCUGCUGAAAGAAGGUUCAAGAAAAGACUGAGCGACCUAGAAUCCGAAAUCGACCACUGUCGACAAUUCUUGUCACAGAACGAACAAGCUAAAGAAAACUCUCUAGAAAUAGUCGACAACGAAAUCGUCGUUUCGCCUAACAGCGAGAGCGCCAUCAAAAUCCGACUGAAAAGGAGAGAUUCCGACCCGGGGAAGAAAAGAAAACACAAAAAGGACAAAUACGAAGUGGCGCACCUCGAAGAGGAAAUCGAAAGAAGCAGGAAACGAAAGUUGAGUACCGAUGAAGACUGUGAAGAUGUUAUUGAGAGUUCUCAGGAGUCUUACGCGGAGAUGGCGUCUUUGAUUAAUACAUCGAAAAGGAGGAAGUUGGUGACCUCUUUGGAUGUUAGUGAGGAGGAGACUAUGGUUCAAACUGUGCCAGUGGAUUCUCAAGGCCACUCGACUCUAACCGAAGACAAAAUCGCUGCCAUACAAGAAACUGAGACCGAUUUAAAAGACCAAGACACUACUCAAGGCACCACAUCCACUUCGAAUACGACACAGGAAUCCUUGAACGCGGAAGAACAUAUUGAUACCGUCAAAACUGCGAACGAUACUCAGGAGACGCUAACGCAGCCUACGCAACGUACUCAGGAUACCAUUCCUGAUAUUAUUGCAGACAAAAUAGAAGCAAAAGGCGAAGGGUGUUACUUCGAGCUACCUCAGAAACCCGAGCUGACGGAUUCCGAGCAGAUUAUGUGCAAGAUGGACACGAUGUCGGUAUGCCUGACCUCAAAUCUCGACCGCAGCAGUUUGGACGAAAUCGAACUGAGAGCCGCCACUCCACAAAAACAGAGCAACGCCGAAGAGCCGCCCCCAACAACUCCGAGCACUAAUAGCAUCACCUCGAGUCCGGUGACGUGCCAGACGCCCAACAGGACUUGCGAACUGCUGAAUGACACUAUUGACAUUUCGCCUAUAUCGGAAGAAAGCAAUACCACGACCAGUACCUGCGACAGCGUUGAAAUACCUGUCGCUAAGGCAUUGGUGUUUGAGCCUAAGGAAGAAUAUAUCCAACGUCCAUUUUCAGAUACCGAAGAAAAGGCGAAAUGUUGGAGCUUCGCCCCUCCCGAAUCGCUCCUAGACCAAGACUGCCCCGCCGACGAAUCCAAAGACUCGGCGACCUCGGACGAGCCGAAACGAACGAACAGCGGCACCAGUCACGACCGCGCAUCGACGUUCGCGAACGUGGCCCACUUGAUAUCGCCGCUGUCGCACCGGAAGUUCGCUAAGCGGAAGAGCGGUGCGAACGCCGUGAAGAUGUCGCCGUCUACCGGCAGGAUCAUGCGGCUGAUGUCGAACUUCAAUAAGCCGCAGGUGGAGGAGAAAGAAGACGGGAACGUCAGGGAGGAGGAUUUGUUGACGUUCAGCAGAGAGGUGCCUAGUCCGUUGGCGGUGCCGAGGAGUGGCAUUCUGAAGAGGAAGCUGUCCGAUUCGACGGAUUCGGAUGUAAUGUCGCCCGCCAGUAAGAGGAAACGCGUGAACUUCAGUGAUCCUUGCCUGACGUCGAAAAAGAUUUUCAUCAAAGAUGAGGACUUCCAGCCCAGCGUGGAAGCCAAGCGUCUGUUCGAUGUAGAGCAACAGGUAAAACCGACGACUCUAGACAAACUCUUCUGGCAGUCUGACUCCGGCGGCAGCGAAAACGUCGAAACAGAAUCCGAACAAAUAGAAACCGACCAGUCUUUGGACGUCGCAAGCACAACGAUAUUACGCAAGGACCGGCCGAUCUACGCGAAACUAGUCGAUUGCGAGGAUGAUGUGAUAGCGAUUUUGAAACGGGUCACCAGUCCGAUGUUCGUCACUACUUUGAUGAAUAAGUUGAAGGACAGAGAUAUCAAAACCAUCGGGGAUUUGGCGAAGCUUAGCGAGGUCGAAGUUAGCAGGUUUCCAUUUAAGGUUCCUGUGGUGGCGAAUGUGUACAAAGCCCUGGACAACUACUACUAUAAGAAAAUGACCAACAAACACAAGGAUUCAGAUGGAGAAUCAACGAAAUCUGAUGAUAGUAAUAAAUAUUCUGAAACGAAAGUUUGUAAGAAAACUAGUGCAAUAUCUCUAUCUGGAAAUGUGACUAUAAAUGGAUAUCCAGAAAAAACGGAAGAAGAUUCUUCAGCCGUCACGCGAAAAGAGGAAGCAGUUCCAGAAAACACCAAAGAGCCAAUCGAAACGGCGAUCGUCAACCUGAAACAAAUCAUCUCGCAAAGCCCGAUGCUAGAGAAAACGUCGAGUUGCAUCAUCCGUUGCCUGAUCGAAACGAUAGGCGUAUCGAAACUGAUCGAUUCGGUGACGUCGAUGUGCGAACGAGAGGAAGACCGCGCGAAUUUGACGGCCUGCCUGUCGCGCGCGACAAGUGACAGCCGUACGACAAGUGACAGGACCGCGUCGCAGACGACAAGCGACAGCGGGAGCAGCGUAUACGCGACAGCGAAAAAGUCGUACGAGAUCGCCGAAAUUAAGGCGAUAGUGGAAGAGAGCGUGAAAACGGGAGGCGUGAGUAAGAAGGAAGUUGUAGAUGAAUGUCUGCUGCCUUUGGUAGAGAAUCCCAGGGAAUUGUACGGGUACAUGGAUAGAGUGACGGUUGUCGAGUUAGGCGACGUCGUUAUUGACAGGUUGGAGAACGAACAGGUUGACGACUUUCUGAACCGAAUAAUCUCAACGUACCCAGAACAAAGCCUACGAUGCUUGGUGAAAAUCAGCAGCAGUAUUUUAGCGGCACCGUCGAAAAUGGUCGACACAUUCCGGUCGUGCCUCGGCGCUCGAUCAGAACAGGAUCAGAAAGAUAUUAUGGUGGAUAUUUUCAGGUUUAUCAGCGGAAAACUGGAUCCUGAGACGCUGUUCUCGUUGCAUCUCGAAUUUUUGAGCGGGAUGAGGCAGAUCGUGCAGAAUAAUAGUACUAGUAGAUUGUAAGUGUAAAGUAUUGAUGUAGGUCAGUGGAAAGGACUGGUAAGGGAGAGUUAAGAUUUUCGUUGAAAUGGAAAACUAGAUAUUUUUUUGCAGGCGCUUUUUGUCAAAGUAUCGAAAUUUCCUGGUGUAACAUCUCAAAGAGCAGAGGUUUGCUGUCAUUUUUUUUUUGUUCUGCGGUCAUUUGUAUUUGCUUGAUUCAUGUAGCCAAAAAAAGUAAUAUGCAAAAAGCAGCUAACACCCACUAUAUGCAGCAAAGCAUAUGUCAGUCAGGAUUUUAAAAGCUCCAUAAUCGUUUUUAUAAAUUGAAGGUUAGAUUCACUAUCAGUGAUUUGCCGAUAACUAGAAGGACUAUUGCAUUUUUUGGAUGCAGCAUUAAAUGAACUCUUUGGAACCUUACAUUUUUUCUGCAUGAGACAUAUUUUUUAAGAUAGUUUCACCUUUCCCUACUUUCUAGACUCCCUCAAAUAUCGAUAUAAAUCAUGGGUAAAGUUAUACUUUAACGUAAAAUUUCCGUUCCUUACACUUUCAGUGUCAAAAUAGGCGUUGCAUUUAAGAAAACCGUCAAAGUUACGCUCACCAUUGGAUGAAUAUUUUGAAACCUUACAACUUUAUUACUCAACAUUUUUCUUCUCGAAAUAUUUUGUAAUAUCUCAGAAUUGCUGCUAGUAAACGAGAUCUUUUUUACAUCAUUUGUGCCGUAACACGAGACAAAAACGAAUCAGCGGCCGCAAGAUGGAAGAAACAACAUCAAAAUUGCCUUUUCGCAAGAUUGUAGAACCUUAAAAUGUCCUUUCUACUGAUCCAAAUAGUGACCAGUGAGAUAGCGUCAAGAGGUAGAGAAGAAACGACUGAAAAAUGUACGUCUUUUUAUGAGUAAAAUUUUUUUUGUACUUUUCAUGAUAUGUCGCUAUCUCUGGCCGCAACGUUGUGUAGUGUCAAACCGAUAAUUUUUCAAUUACAAACGUCUUGUUGGUUUGGCAUAAAAUGGAAUGUUCUUUUUAUUUAAAAUUUCAUUAUAAAGACUGCUUUUGUAUAUAUUUUUUAACGAAUCUUUUAUUAUUAAACUAUAC